AUGUUUGAUUAUUAUACUACUAAAUAAUAUUACACACAGUUCAAAAUUACAAUUCAAAUUAUUUUCGUAUGAAAUUCAAAAUUUGUCUCCUCUUUCCGAAGACCAAGAAUAGAUUUUGCGCUGCCCACUGAUCCUUCAGUUCUCUGUGUGAUUUGUUGUUCUUUCUUUUAGCCCUUUAGGUCUGGGCAAGCCACUCUGUAAGAGCAAGCAGCAAGCAUGUCCGGUUUGAAUCAGCACCUCCAGGACUACUACCUAUUGCCGGGCACAUAUUCCUAUCCAUUGGCCACAUCCGCCACACCAACGGUUAGCGCUUAUUUGCCCAACUACGAUGAGAUGUCCUGGCUAGUGCCAGACAACAGCACGGCCACCUAUGUGGCCACACCGCUCGGUGUGAUCAACUAUCUGUCCGAUCUGCAGUCCCAAAUGGCCUUUCCCACACCACAGAAUCUGAGCAGCGGCCUCAUCUAUGCGGUUCUCAAUCCGGUUCAGCAACAUGUGGCUGUGGCUGUGGCUGUGCCUGUGCCUGUGCCAGUACCUGUACCAGUGCCGGUGCCAACGGUCUUUGCAUACAGCCAGGAGCAUCCAGUGGAGCAGAUUCGGUAUUAUCAAUUGAUGUCCAUGUCUGAGGAGGAUAACUCCACAGACGACUCAACACAGCGCGUUGACAGAUCCGAGGAUCAAGAGGAAUCGGAGCUCCAGCAGCCAGCAGCAGAGCAGGCGCCUGACAAACGCAAACGAAUCUACCAGGCAGAGGAGGGCUAUCUGGUGGAGGAGCCCCCCUCCUCCUCGGAGGAAGACCAGGACGGCAGCAAAGAGGACACGGCGUAGCUAAAGACGUCGACAAAAUCGAACCUUUGCUUGUAUAUAAUGUACCCUGGCAAGGCAUUGUUUUAUUCAUAUUUAUAGUUGCAAUUUAAAGGAGUGUUCCCAUCAUCUCGUGACCAAAAACAUCCAUCAAAUAUAGAUUUCUCAACAAAA